CACCCCUGGAGUGCGCGCGCUGCGCUCACCCUCCCUCCCUCCCCUCGCCCACUCUCUCUCUCUCGCGCCGCGGCGCGUCCUUGCUUUCUGGUGGCGUCGACUGGGCGGCCGCCGCCGCCGCCCACCACCACCACCUCCCUGGUGUCCAGGUCUUCGUCGAUCCCUUCGUGUCUGUACCUUAGCCUGGUCUUCGUCGGGCCCUCGCCCUUCGCCGGCGACGAGCACCCACCAGGCUCAACUGCUGUGUAGCUAAUCUAAUAAUUUCUAGAAACAAGAUGAAGUGCAAUGCUUGCUGGCGGGAGUUGGAGGGGCAAGCAAUAUCAACCACCUGUGGUCAUCUUUUAUCAGGUGCAGACGAUGCCAAGAAAAUACUCAGUAAUGAUGGUGCAUGUCCAAUUUGUGAUCAGGUGCUCUCAAAAAGCCAUAUGAAACCUAUGGAUAUAAAUCCAAGUGACGAUUGGACAAAUAUGGCGAUGGUUGGAAUAUCCCCACAAAUACUUAUGAAGAGUGCAUACAGAAGCGUAAUGUUCUACAUUGGACAAAAGGAACUGGAGAUGCAGUACAAGAUGAACAGAAUUGUUGGUCAAUGUAGGCAAAAAUGUGAACUUAUGCAGGCAAAAUUUACUGAGAAACUGGAAGAAGUCCAUACCGCAUACCAGAAGAUGGCCAAAAGAUGUCAGUUGAUGGAGCAAGAGAAUGAAAACUUGAACAGAGAUAAGCAGGAGCUGCAAGAAAAAUUUGCUGAGAAAUCCAGGCAGAAGAGGAAGCUUGAUGAGAUGUAUGACCAAUUGAGGAAUGAAUAUGAGUCGCUGAAGCGUUCUGCCCUUCAACCUGCAAAUAACUAUUUAGCAAGACCUCAGUCAGACCCGUUCGCGGGCAUGCCCAACAUGAUGGAUGGUGGCAACCAUCUGAGACAAGGAUCGGUUGAUCUUCCUAAAACUCCAGGGCAGAGAGAUGAGGGCUGGGGUCCACCACCAAGGCAACGUUGCUCCACCUCCGGUCCCUUUGAGCUGUCUACAGGGUCUCCUGGCCAUGCCAUGGCUCCUCCGGCUGAUAUCAGGCCCAGACAGCAGACACGGCCCGUCUUCGGUGCUACAAUGAACAAUCCAUCCAGCGCCCUGCGAAACUUCAUAAUCUCGCCUGUCAAGCGUCCCCAGGUGUCCCGUAACCGCCAACACAUAUUCACGCUGUAGAGAGUGGGAAUAGCUGACGGGGUGCUCUGCAUUGGAAGUUAAAUUGUCGGAAGCUUGCCGUGAUCCUGUAAAUUCUGUAAGAUCACACAGCCGCCCUCCCUCACUCUUAGUUCAACAAGCCUUUUGGUAUGGUGUUUCUUGGUGUUGCCAAUGUUAGGGGAUAGACGUUGGAGAAUGGAUAUAUAGUUGGUUAUGCUAGAAACCUCUUAUACGCAGACUUUGUCCAUUUCUACAGUUACAUGUAUAGCAGGAAGUUUCAUCUAUACCCGUAAUCUAGCCUUGGCAUGACAACUGUGGUUAACUUCUUUCUAACUCAUCCGAAUCUGAACAGACCAAGUAAUCUUGUGCACUGAUUGAGGACCUAAUAAACGAGUUGUUUCAUGAUUUGGAA